AUGAGUUGCCAGGAUCAGCCUAAUGGGACGACGGCAUUGCUGUCAUACUCUUUACAGAUUCAGAUCGCUGCCACCACUAGUACAUUUUGUUCAGGAAUCUUGCAAAACGCCAGGGUCACUGCGGUUACGCCAGGUGCUCCUAAAAUAAGGAUUCUGCAAAUAACGGACAUCCACCUUGAUCUGGAGUAUGGGGAAGGCCUAAACACAAAUUGUGGGGAGCCGAUCUGCUGCCGGACCGGAAAUGGACCUCCCAAGCCAGGGGACACAGGGGCGGGCAGAUGGGGUGACUACAGAAGCUGUGACUUGCCACUGCGAACACUGGAGAAUAUGCUACAGUACCUGUCCACCAUUCAAGAUCAGUUUGACUUGGUAUACUGGACAGGCGAUCUCCCAGCUCACAACGUGUGGAAUCAAACUCGCGCUGAUCAGCUACAUCUACUGGACCUCUUCACAAAGAUGUACCGACAGUAUCUACCUCACAAGCCGCUUUUCCCGUGUGUCGGCAACCACGAGAGCGCACCCGUAAACAGCUACCCGCCUCCCUUCAUCACGGGAGAUAACUCUAUUCAGUGGUUGUAUGAGCGGUUUGUUUCAUCGUGGGGACUUCCUUCAUCAACGGCACAGGACGUUCUCAGGGGAGGAUACUACACCGUCUCGCCAUAUCCGGGCUUACGAGUUGUCUCCCUUAACAAUAACUACUGUAACAACAUGAACUGGUGGGUUCUACUUAACACGACUGACCCGGCCGGAGAACUGUCCUGGCUUGUGGACGUCCUCACUCGGGCCGAACGGAACCAUGAAAAGGUGCAUAUUCUGAGUCACAUUCCCACGGGGUCGGGCGACUGCCUUCAAGCCUGGAGCUGGAGCUAUUACGAUAUCAUCAACAGGUUUGAAAGCACGGUGACAGCGCAGUUUUUCGGGCACUCACAUUCAGACCAUUACGCCAUAUUUUACGAUAGCGUGAAUUUCACGCGACCGGUGAGCAUUCUGUACAUAGGAGGCGCCGUCACCCCUCAAAACGACAUGAAUCCGGGAUUUCGGAUCUACACAGCGGACGGAAACUACAGCGGCAGCUCCUGGCAAAUGUUGGACCACACAAAUUACAUUCUGAAUCUAACCGAAGCAAACAACGGUGGGGCGGUGAGAUGGCAGAAAGAAUACUCAGCUAAGGUAACGUAA